AGGAAGGUGAGCCUUCUGGAAAGAGAAAAGCAGAAGAUGAUGAUAAAGCAAAUAAAAAGCACAAGAAGUACGUGAUCAGUGACGAAGAGGAAGAAGAUGAUGAUUGAAGUAGAAAAUAUUAUAGUGGGACCAUGGAUCUGUUUGGAGACAUAGAUGACAUUUCUUCAGAGAGUGACAGGGACAAUCAACCACCCAUUUCAGGACAGCCUGUUACUGAUGGACGUGGAGUGCCUCAGGACCAGCAGGAGGAAGAGCCAAUUUCUGAAACCAAAAUAGAAGUAGAAAUUCCCAGCAUCAACUGUGAUUUAGGAAAUGAAUUGUACUUUGUUAAACUACCCAAAUUUCUCAGCAUAGAACCCAAGCCUUUUGAUCCUGAGUAUUAUGAAGAUGAAUUUGAAGAUGAGGAAGUGCUUGAUGAAGAAGAUAGAACCAGGUUAAAAUUAAAGAUAGAAAAUACUAUACGAUGGAGGAUACGCCGGGACAAAGAAGGAAAUGAAAUUAAAGAAAGCAAUGCUCGGAUAGUCAAGUGGUCCGAUGGAAGCCUGUCCCUGCAUUUAGGCAAUGAGGUGUUUGAUGUUGACAAGGCCCCGAUGCAGGGCAAUCACAACCAGCUGUUCAUUAGGGAAGACACUGGUCUGCAGGGACAAGCCAUCUUUAAGUCCAAACUCACCUUCAGACCUCAUGCUACAGACUGUGCCACACUUAGAAAGAUGACACUGCUACUUGCUAACAGAUGCUCGAGGACACAGAAGAUUAGAAUCUUACCGAUGGCUGGUCGUGACCCUGAAUGCCAGCGCACAGAGAUGGUUCAGAAAGAAGAAGAACGUUUGAGGGCGUCUACUCACCAGGAGACCAUCCAUCUGUGGGAAAAGCAGAACCAGCGGGGGCCGAGUGCCCCCUACCAGGGCCCCAGCAGUGGUGAGGAGGGAGAAGCCAGCAAGAACCAUGGCCGAGGAGGUGAACCCUCCAGAAAGAGGAAAGCAGGCAGCGAAGAAGAAGAGGAUGACUGAAGUAUGAAACGCGUGCUUGCUUAUACCAUGGACUCCCCUUUUUAAAUGAAAAAAUAUCAGAUGCUGUCAAUGGAAAAACAAUAUACAAAGCUCUAUACAUGUAACUUUUCCAGAGGACACCUACUGUACAAAGCAAGUAUAUGGAUUAUUUCAUUCAAAUACGAGAAUCUGCAAUUUAACUAUCAAGAUGUAAUUCUCCUUAAGAUCUCUAACAAUCUGCUAAUUUCUUAAACACAAAAUGUUUAUUUGGUCUUUUAAACGACAGGCACCGCACUGUUAGAAAAUGUAUUUCACCUAUGAAUUAGACUUCUACUAGGCUUUAGCUCCAAGUGUACAGCACCAAAAUCCAUUUUAAUAAUAUCAAUAUUAUUAAUACUGAUUUUUUAAUACAUACAAUUUCAUGCAAACUGGAAAAAUUAGAACUUCCAAUAUGAAUAUAAAAUUUUAUAAAAUGGGAAAUUAAAAGCUUUUUAAAAAACAGCAAUUUAAAAAUGCAAAGAAUAGUCUUUGCUUAGGUAACCAGAUAAGUUUACAUUGGUUACACUAUAAAAACUUAAAGUCUUAGAAAAUCUUUGGUUUAAAAAUCAAGAGUAUUUCACAACUCCAAUCUGUUAUAAAAAAUUUUAGAUAAAUAUAGAAGUACUGAAAGUUACUAAAAGGGUAAGAGGUGCCAGAUUUUUAAAGAUCAAAGUAAACAUCAGUUUUCUCCCUUGUCAUUACAAUUCUUGAAAGAUUUUCUGCAUUUAAUCAGAUCAAUGUUCACCCUUAUUUAUUAAGAAAUCUUUUCUUCAAUUAUAUAAUGAACUAUUGUAGCUCAGAACUGGAAUGGUACAAGGAAAUCACUCAACUUCUUCAUACUUUGAUAAAUAAUAAGUGGAAAAGAUAUUACCCCAAGUAUAACACACAAUUUUAGGUGGGGCCCACCUACCUAUAUUUAAAAAAAAGCUUUGGAGAGGAAAGGGUAACAUACUUAGCAAUUUACUGACUGACUUACAGGGCAGGGCAAGCAAGGAAGCCUUGCUAAAAGUGUACUGGUAGCUCUGCACAGCUGCUCCAUGCUGACUCCCCACCCUGCUGGAACUGUGCAGUCUCUAAAACCAAGUGCAUUUCCAAAGUCAUUUAUGAAAGGAGAGAGGGAGAGAGCGAGCGAGAGUGAGCUUGACUUGCUAACUUGGAAAAACCUCCAGCACCCUAUAACUGAAAGGGAAUAGCAGUACAGUGCAAAGCCAGUCUUUGGCCCCUUUCAAACAAUGGAUACUGAUUCCAAAAAAACACACACUCAGUCCUCAUGAGGAAAGCUUUUGCCUGUUAAGAAGGCUUAUUACUGUAGCAUGCAAGGAGUUGCCUAGCUCAUUAGAUAAACUGUCCAACCCAAGACAAAGGAGCAGACAUUUUAUAAUUCAAUUUCAAGAAGUUUAAAAAAAUUAACAAUAGACCUCUCCCCUAUUCUGGAAGGAGAUUCCUCCUUUAGAAAAAUCUCCCUGUAAGGGAUACACCCAGGCCUGAAUUGUCAAGGCCAGGACUGCUCAGACUCCUUUGCCCCUGUCGUCUGCAGCUGUAACCCCUCUGCCAUCUCCUGCUCUGGGGCUGCCCUGAAAUAGGACAUGAAUGCAGGCCCAAAUUAUCGAUCAUACUAUUGGAUCUGGAGUAGUCUUCCCACCACAGGACUACCGUCUAACUGUUCACCUUAAUACUCUGAAGGAUAGGAAGACAGCUUGUGUUAUGAGAAAUUGCUUUUAUACAAUGUAGACCAAAAAGUACAAGAUGAAAGGAAACAGAUUUAUCUAACAGCCAUUUUCCUUAUUGGUUGGGAAAAUCUGUAGUGAGUGGUGAUUAUAUACCAUUCAGACAAUUCUGUGUUGCAUGUAGGAACGUCUCACUAUCCUGUGCAGCUCUUAAUUUAUACCCAGGCCAGUUUCUAAUUUACCAUCAGUAACCAUCAAUUUAAAGGACCGUUUUGCAUGCUCCUCAGACUUAAUCUCCACCAUUUAUUAACUUUGGUUUCAUGUGUUUAAAAACAGCUUUCUUUUUGCUUUUACCCUAAAUAACUGAGAGCUGGCUAUAUGCCUUUUACAGGGAAGAAAAAAAUAGCUUUCCUACUCAGAUGCUUUUUUUUUACUAUGAGCUUUCACAAAAAUUUAAUAAUGCCCACGUUAUUGCAAUGAAAAACGGUAACGAACUUAGACCUAACUACUUUUAAACAAAGUGUGUAACCUGGCUAAGCUGAUGACUUUGUUGAAAAAAACUGUAGGUGUUGCUGAGACACCUUGGACAGGUGCAGUGCCAUGGAAUGCACAGGAGACUGCUUCCUCUCUCCUAGAGAUCUGCUUUGACUCCAAAACAGAUGACCAGGUUUUGAGUCAUCUGUUUUAAAAUGCUGGCAUUUUGCUUUCUUGAUAGAAGCAGAAACCAUACUCUUGCCAAGUUCAUGUGUUCUGAAACUUGGAAAAGUCUCCUUGCCGUGGAAUAAGGAAAGCUUUGAAGUUCCUUGUACCUAAGAGGUGCAACAACAAUUCUGACAUCAGCAAUGUCCCUUUCUGACUUAAAAAAAGAUUGGUCCUUAGAAUGUUCAUAUUACUCUACAUAAAUGACUUCCUAAACUUUUUUAUAAUUGUAUUUUUUUUAACCCAAGACUCAUCAUAAACCAUUUAAUUAAGCUAAAUUAAAACUGAUUUUAGCAGAAAGUAGAAAUAAUGCUUUAGAAUACAAAAUAUCACCUACUAGUGAUUUACAAUCUGAAACUGGUAACAACUUAAACUAGAUAAAAGAUACAUGUAGUUAAAAAAAAAAAAGAAUUUCCAGUCUUUUCCCUUCUCCCGAGGAAAAUUUUACAUCUGAUAUCACAACACGGGCCCUUGGCAAACUUUCAAAGUCUUCCAAAGAUUACAUGUUGGCAGACUUACUGGUGGUCUCCUUCAACUCGUCUCUUGCGAACUAUGAGAAAAAGAAUGUUAGAAAUCCCUGUUAGUUUGUACAAUGUUAAUUUGCUUGUGACAAGUUUCUGUGUGAUCCAGUUAGAGUUGUACAAAAAUGGAUUGUCCAUUUGCAGUUCAGACGGCCAUUAAAAUAAAAAACUCACAUCCUUCACCAUGGUUACUUACCUGUUAAGAACUGAGGGGCUAAGCUCAGCUGUGCUUACACUGCAGUAACAUUAGAAAUCUACAACAGAAUGGUCAGCAGUCACCUUCAAGCCACUGUGCCUGUCUCAUUUGUGUAUUAAAAUUUAUACCUCCAUUAAAAAAUGACUAGUAACUUACUGUAUUAAAUUUUGAAAUGACAUUCAGGCAGCUGGGAUUAGAAAGUAUUAAACGUAACUAUUUGCAUGCUCUUCUGAUGAAUUCCUCAGUUUGUGCAAGAACAUACCAGAAAUAGUAUUAUCAGUUUCAAAGGUAAGUGACUUGCUGCUACUGCUCCCCAAAUUUUCCUUCUCUUAUCUCCUACAAAAUGAGCCACUUCAGGGCUCUGAGAAAACAACAAAUGCAAAGUAAUGAAGAUCUUAGACCCUGGUAAUGUGGUGAUGUCACAUCUCGCUACCAAAAACUUGGGAAGCCACAGUGGUUGGGUGCACAUCUGAGGACCCCCAGCUUCUUCCCGGGCUGGUGACCCUGAGCCGCUUGGCUGUGCUCACUAGCAGCAGGGCAAAGUCUUCAGUGUCAGGGUCUUGCUACCUUCACUCUCACCUGUCAGCUACCAGAGAAUAUUUGCUGAGAGCCACCAGGUCAGGGCUCCUCAGCAUUGUGGCAACUCCUAUUUAGAGAAGAAAACGAACACAGGUUCUGGAGUCAGCAAGAGUGGGAAUCUGUUGCUUUUUGUGGUUUGCUCUUUGGCAAGUAAGGUAACCUCUCUGAGCCCCAACUCAUCCUCUGUAACGGGAUAAUGAUACCUGUACCUCACGGCUGUGCGAGUAAAGUCUGCUUAGUGUAGUGUUAAUAUAGAAAACAUUCAGUGAGGGGUACUCAGCCUCAUGACCCACCACAGUGGGGUCACGGGAUGGUCCUGAGGUCAGCCAUCUUUUCGGGAUGAGGAAAGUCAAUUUAGCUUUUAUAAAGCUAGAGGAUUUGCAUGUAUACAUAAUUGGUUUUGAUACUCUAACCAGUAAGUUCCUCUGUUUAAGUUACAUUGUUGGUCUAUUAAUUUCUGUACUCUCUUCUGUGGAAGCAAGUAGGAAGACACCUGCCUUUGUUCAGCCUGAAUUGGCCGUUUUAACAGAGGAAUGAAAAGCUAACAGGUGCACUGGCCUCCUGGCCAGGCUACGAAUUCUGCUCUCAUGCUGUUCUGACUGCUGGCUUCUGUUCACUGGCCUUCAAGAGAUGAGACUGGACAGUCAAGUGAUGCACAUAAAAGCUUGUCCAGAAAAUAAAAACCAGGAGGACUGAAGUAUCAGUUCCCCAUGAACAUUUUUAUACUUAUUUAACUAGGCGCACCCCAACUCUAAUUUCAGUCCAUGUUAAUGAACAAGUUUCAUGUAUUUACUGAAAUAUUAGGGGAAGAAAUCAAAUGGAGAACUGAGUCCUCAAAUACAAACUUAAUUCAUGUAUAUGGAUCUCUGAAGAACAUGGAUAUAUCUGAAAGGCAAAGCACAUAGUUCUUUAGGGUAGAACAUUUCCAAGAAAAUUUUGAAUUGCAGUAGUGUUUGGAUGUUAUUGGCAGACCAUUUCAGAUGUUAAAAAGCAUGUUAUUAAAAAAAUGCACAUUAUAAACAAGAUCAAUAGGACAGAUGGAACAAACAAAACAAGUAUAGAAAAUUAAUCAUGUAGUUAGCUAGUGUAAAGGUAGUAACGUGAGACAAAGUUCAAUCGAAUACUGCACGUACACCAUAUAACCUCUUUGCUGUUAUAGCCGUGAUACUCCUUAGCUGAAGAGAUGGCGAGUAGGUAGGAUUAUUUCAAUGAAAAGUUGAGACUAAGAAAACAAUGAGAGAGGGAAAGACAGUAUCAAAAUCAGAACACUAAAGCUCUGAUGUAGCCCCAUUUGCAAGGUGAAGAAAAACUAUAUGCCCCAGAGAUGCUGUACAAGUUUCAAGUCUUGUGCUCCAAUAUCUCUGUCCAGUUACUGCAUACUAGAAUGCAAGUAAGAAGACGGUUUUUAGGCUUGCCACCUUGAUCCACAGGCAGAGAUCAAAGUGCAGGGCUAAGAAACAAAUCCAGCUGAGGGUGGAUGGAGGCCCGGCUGCUGUUGCUGUGACACAGCACAGCAGAGGGAGGCGGCCAAAGAGCACUUCUGACCCCUCUUCCUCACUUUGUGCCCACUUGUUACCUCAGCAGUUCUUCAGUUCAUCCUGUGGAUGAAAGACUAAUAAAUUCGGCCCUAUUAACAAUUCUUUGGCAAUUUCUUUCCAAAAUCCACUCCACUAAUAUAAGUUCUCGAUACUUCAUGAUUAGUCCAUUGCCAAUAAAUCCUAACUAAUCUCAUUUCUUCUCUAUCUCCAGAAGAGUAAUUAGAAUAGUGUUUUUGAAGUAUCAUUUUAAUCAUGCACUCAGUGGCUUACAAUGGCUCUCAAAUGCCUCCACAUAAAGUCCAAAGGAAGCUAAGUUCCUUACCACGUAAUUUUAGUGCCUCCUAUCAGCAUUCCCUCUUAAUCCGCUGAAAUAAUUUUUUUUAUUCUGUUAGCUUCAAAUAGCAAGUGCUUGUUGAAAGUUUAUUCUGGAUCCUGCAUCCUGUUAUGAGAGUCACUUCUCAAAAUCUGCAGGCUGUCUUCAGCAUAUAAAUAACUUGCUUACUCCCAAAUCUGAGCUUUUAUUCAUGCAAUUCCUCACUCCAGGAAUGUCCUUAUUCUCAUUUCAUGCCUAAGACCCAUGUCUGAAGAUCUGGUUUGGAUCAGAGUGAACAGCAUGGGGAGGGCGGGCAGCUUGUCUAGAGAGCUGCCAGCACACAGCUGUGUGCCGUUUCUCACCUCUGCUUCGUGUCAGACUGCACCUUCUUCUGCACGGCCUCCUCAUCCUCUAUUACACACGCCUAUGCACAGCAGCUCCUCGACUGCUCAGUGUUGACAUAAAGCAGCCGAGGGAACUGUUUUCAUCUGCUCCCCUCACCUUCCAUCUGCCAAAAUCUUCCUUGCUCUAACAUUAGGCCCUCUUUUCUUAGAAAGAUCUGGGCAAAGCACCUGCCAUAACAGGCUCACAGAAGAGCACAACUGCUGAGGCCCUGAAAGGCUGGCGUCCCUUUCACAUGCAGGGAUGUGCACGUGCAGACUCUCACUCUGCUGCUUGCCGGCACCGCCUCCUCGGGGAGGGGCACAGCUGACAGACAUGGCUAGGGCUACAAAUCCGUCGGUGGGAUCCUGGGACAGCUAAGGUGGGUUCUGAGGAAAGGAAGAAUGGAGACACUUCUGGCUUAAGUUUAUAGCUGCUUAGUUACCAGAAAUCUCAACUUUAACCAGGAUUCAAAUUCUACUACUUUUUUUUACUUAAUAAAUAUUAAGUACCUACUAUUGUCACACGUGGUUUUAAAGAAAGCUGUGAAUUCACCAGAUACACAUGGCCCCUAACCUCCAAAAGCUUAAAGUCUUUGAAAAUAGGCUAUUACAAGGAAGUAUAACCUAGUAAGUAAAAAACUAACUUUUUAGAGCCAACAACGUAUACGUUCUUAAGGUUCUCUAUUUAUGAAGUUCAGUUAGACUUGAGAAACACUGCUCUAAAACGCAAAAUUAAAUUCCUGAAGGAAAAAAAAUAGAAGCCAACAAAUGAAGCAACACUAAAAUAUUAGCAUGACCUUGCAAA